AUGGCUGACGCGACGCCGUCAACUGGCGCGUCUUCAGCUACAGAUGUGUCUGCUACACACGCAAAGUCUGACCUGAGGGCACAAGACGGCCCUCUGCCACUUUCCCCUGAAAUAUCCAACCCAAAGCAGGAUUUCAAUUCACCAUCUGUCUUGCAGCGAUAUGCCUCAGCGACUGAUCAAUCCAUUGUUCGACUUCAAAGACUUUUGACAACAGCUACUGGUCUGGAUACAUUCUUAUCGACCCUCAAUUAUACGCUGUAUAUCUUAGCAUACUUAGAGGCUCAGUCACCCUCAAAAGCGACUUUGCUGCAGCGGUUGUUAAAGCUCAGCAAUGCCGGGACACGUGGAUCUCAGAAUACACCAUCUAAGCCUUUACAGGGCAUUCCACCAUCUGCUACUCCAUUUGGCACACUUGCAAGUCUCAUAUCAGAUACCCGCAUCACCCUUCGCCUUACGGCACUUCUACCGCUUUAUGUCUGGCUGCGGAAACUGGUGAACAACAACGGGAGGCAGGAUCGAUCACUCAGAGCUAUCGCAUUAGCUCAAUGUAUAUCCUACAUCAUUUUCCAAUUCACAGAAAACGUAGUCUUCCUGGCGGAUCGAGGUAUCGUGUCACGAAAGUGGCUGGAAAAGAGAGGUGGGAGUGCAAAGUGGUGGUUGUGGAGCAGUCGUGCCUGGCUCAUCGGUGUUUGCUGCGACUUGUUGAGGCUGUUCCGGGAGGCUGUUAUCGACCCAGAAAACGGGGUCCUACUGAGGCGAACGAGGAAGGGGAGAAUGGAGACUGAAAUCGAGAAGCAACAGAAAGCUGAUCGCAUGUGGUGGAGCGAGGUUUUCGUCGCAAGCUGUUGGUUGCCUGUCUGUCUGCAUUACAGCUUGCAGAACGGGCUGAAGGGAGUAAAUAGCGGUGUCAUUGGGCUUCUAGGGUUCAUGGCUGGAGCGCAGAGCUUCAUGGCUCAGUGGGCCAAGACCAAGACCACUUGA